AUGCGCUCCAGCUUGAUUUUCACCCUGAUCUUGGCGUGGUUAGUUACCAUUCUGUCAUGCCUCGUACCUCACGUCACUGCAACCGAUGACGAAGAAGCUUCGAGUAGCCGAAAUGAUCUGUAUGCUAGACAAGAUGGCCAUCGCCUUAGCUCACAAUUGCCACCACUUCCUCCAAGCACGCCUUCACGACAUUCUUUUGAAGCUCAAACUCUGCGUCGGACUACUCAACUGCCUUUCGUUGAAUUUGUCGAGACAUCUGCUACCAGUGAGCAGCAAUAUCAAGCCCUCCUUCGACUUGGAUACAGGCUUGUCGAGUUGGGGCGUAACGGCGCAUCACUUCAGAUUAUUCGGCCUCCACACAACCCCCGUUUCAGUCACCUUUACGAAUUAGCGUCCCGCUUGCGCACCUAUGAAAAUGUUCGGAACGCUUUGUUCCUUCAUGUCUCUCACGACAGAAAGGGCAGACUGGUUGCGAUUCCAUACGCAUUCGCGACAGACGGCUAUCCUCAAAGAUUCAACUGGGUUCUUUUGCAGGUACACCCUGCCAUCGAGAGGCUGCCUCCGCGCAUCGAGUGGUAUGCAUAUGUCUCUCACCUCGAGCCCAGCUUCCUAGAGAUGGAUAGAAAGCUUGAGAGUUCUAAUGACGUCCAAUCCUUGCGAUACUUCCUUACUCGUCGUGUCUAA